AUAAAAAGAGUUGUAACUCCAAAUAACCCACAAAGAACACAACAAAAACCACUUCUCUCUGCAAUAUUAUUUAUAAGAUAUAGUAUCCACUGACUUGCCCCCAACACCAUGGCUGCUGCCGCCGCCGCAACCUCCUCCUACUUCUUCGGUACUUGCAUUGCCGACCCGAAGCCGAGCCUCGGGCGAUUCCAAGCCCGGUUCAGCUUCAGAGCCAAGAAAUCGCCUCCCCCAAAACCUGCCAAGAAAAGGUUGGAUGGGGAACGGCUGGUCUGGUUCCCGGGGGCCGAACCGCCAGAGUGGCUCGACGGGACCAUGGUAGGGGACCGGGGCUUCGACCCCUUUGGGUUGGGGAAGCCGGCGGAGUACCUGCAGUUCGAGCUGGACUCGCUGGACCAGAACCUGGCCAAGAACUUGGCUGGGGACGUGAUCGGGGUGAGGGUCGAUCCGUCCGAAGUGAAGCCGACCCCAUUCCAGCCGUACAGCGAGGUGUUCGGGCUGCAGCGUUUCCGGGAGUGCGAGCUCAUCCAUGGGCGGUGGGCGAUGCUGGGCACGCUCGGCGCGAUCGCCGUGGAGGCGCUCACCGGGGUUGCAUGGCAAGAUGCUGGCAAGGUGGAGCUCGUGGAGGGAUCGUCCUACCUCGGCCUUCCGCUGCCAUUCUCGCUGACGACCCUGAUAUGGAUCGAGGUGAUAGUGAUCGGGUACAUCGAGAUCCAGAGGAACGCGGAGCUCGACCCAGAGAAGCGGCUCUACCCGGGCGGAUACUUCGACCCGCUCGGCCUCGCCUCCGACCCAGCGAAGAAGGAGGACCUCCAGCUGGCCGAGAUCAAGCACGCCCGCCUCGCCAUGAUUGCGUUCCUCAUCUUCGGCCUCCAGGCCGCCUUCACCAGCAAAGGCCCGAUCGCCUUUGUCGCCACCUUCAACAAAUGAGCCCAACUCGACCACGUCCUCCACGCCCGCCCAUCCUCCUCCCCCCAAACUGAGCCCACCAACCAACCUUGUGUCCUUCCUUGGCUUUCUUUUUGGUACGACGAUCAAGUUGCAAAAUGAACUGAUUAUGUUAUUCCCGCUUAAUCAGACGUGUUACAAGGUGGUUAAUCCCUGCUUAAUUAUUUAAUAAGCAUUGCCUUGCUUUCCACCCA